AUGGAAUUAGGCCUGACAUCAGAAGAAUCAUUUGUAUUGGACACAUUAAAUAAAGCUUGUAGUCAAGAUGCUUCAGUGUUAAAACCUGCUACAGAUCAGCUUCAACAAUGGGAAACACAGCCUGGCUUCUAUUCCAUACUAAGUAAAAUAUUCUGUAAUCAUAAUAUAGAUGUAAAUAUACGAUGGCUAGCUGUAAUGUAUUGUAAAAAUGGCGUGGAUAAAUAUUGGAGACGUUCAGCACCAAAUGCUAUCAAUGAAGAAGAGAGAGAAACCAUCAAAAGAAGAUCCAUUUCAAAUUUUAAUGAGCCCUCACCACAGGUCACAUUACAGUUGGCAGUGCUUGUAGCUAAAAUAGCUCGUGUAGAUUGUCCGAAAUAUUGGAGUGACCUACUUCCAACACUAUAUCAAGCUAUAAGAUGUUCUGAUGGUCUGAUACAAGAACGAGCCUUACUUGUCUUUCACCAUGUUACCAAGACAUUGGCAUCUAAACGAUUACCAAAUGAUAGAAAGUUAUUUGAAGAGCUGACAAUGGAAAUAUUUAGUUUCAUUCUAAGAGUAUGGAAUAUGUAUAUAGAACAAUUUUAUCAACUAGCUUCAAAACAUGAAGAAGGCAUGGCCCCAGCUAUAGAUAAAUGUAUUCUUUCUUUAAAAGUUUUAAGAAAACUAGUGGUGUUUGGUUUUAAAGAUUUAACGACAUGUCCUGAUGCUGUGUCCUUUAUUAAUUCUAUAUUUCAACGUUUAGAUCAGGUUCUAGAUUGCCGCAGAACAAUGUGGGGGAAUCAUGUAAUGGUGGAAAAAUGUGAAAAAUUAGUUGUUACCUUAACAAAAGUGCUUCUAGAUGUAUUAGAUGUACAUCCUAUUGGUUUUGUACAGUUUAUCAGAAUGUCUUUAGAGUUUGUUGUUAGAUAUAAUUUUACUGCAAAGAGUUUAUUAUUUGAAAGAUUUGUUGUUAAUUGUUUUAAUUUAAUGAAAGGAAUUUUAUUCUGUGAUGUUUAUAAACCUCCUAAAAAUCCACAAGAUUCUUCGUCUAUUAGUAUGCAGGCUCACAAGAUUCUGACUGAGUUUUUUACCUAUGAAACUUUAGCUGAAAUAUGUCGUAGAUUGGUAUCACAGUACUUUUUAUUGACCUCAGAUGACCUUUUGACCUGGGAGGCAGAUCCCGAGGAAUUCUGUCAAGAUGAAGUGGGUGAUUCUUAUAAAUAUUCUUUAAGGCCAUGUACAGAAGUGUUAUUUUUAACAGUGUUCAAAGAAUUCCGUUUAACAUUAACAACAGUGCUAUUAGAAAUGGUCCAAUCUAACCAAGGACCUUGUGAUCCUGAUAAUCUGGAAGCUUUACUCAAGAAAGAUGCAGUGUACAAUGCUGUAGGCCUGGCAUCAUUUGAUUUAUUUGAUGAUAUUAAUUUUGAUCAGUGGUUUGUUACACAUCUAGCAGCUGAGCUACAAAAUAAACAUUUUCAGUAUCGUAUAAUAAGACGUAGAGUUAUAUGGUUGAUAGGACAGUGGGUCGGUGUCAAGAUGUCUGUCAGUUUGAGACCAAUGUUAUAUGAAAUUAUUUUAUCAUUACUGUCUAAAGAUGAAGACUUGGCCGUCAGAAUAGAAGCUGCACAAUUUGAUGAUUUUGAAUUUAAAACUGAACAGUUACUACCAUAUUUAGAGUCAUUAUUUGCUCAUCUGUUUGAAUUAUUAAAAGAAGUCAGAGAGUGUGACACUAAGAUGCAUGUAUUACAUGUAUUAUCAUUUGUAAUAGAGAGAGUUGGAUCUAAAAUACAACCCUAUACUACAGCAUUAGUACAAUAUCUACCAUUAUUAUGGCAGGAGUCUAGUGAACAUAAUAUGUUAAGAUGUGCUAUAUUGACAACUUUAAUACAUCUUGUACAGGGUUUUGGUACAACAUGUACAAAGUUAUAUGAUUUUUUAAUACCAGUGAUAGAAUCAAGUACAGAUAUAAACCAAGAUCAACAUAUUUAUUUAUUAGAGGAUGGAUUAGAACUGUGGGUCGUUACUUUACAAAGUUCACCACAUAUUACUCAACCUCUUCUUAAAAUAUUUCAACAGAUGCCAGCUUUGUCUAUGAUUCCAACCUUUCUUUUCGCAGAAUUAGGAACUGAAAAUUUACGUAUUUGUUUAAAAGUUAUAGAAGCCUAUAUAUUAUUGGGACCUCAUGAAUUUAUGCAGGCAUAUUCAGGUGUGUUGGUGCCCUCCUUUUCUAGUUUAAUGACUGAUAUUAGAGCAGAAGGUUUAGUUAUGAUAUUACGGGUGAUAGAGGUGGUAUUUAAAACAUUCCCGACAGAAGGACCACAAGUUUUUCAACCAAUAUUAAAUGGUGUUGUUACAACUAUAGUCAAUGGGGAGGAGAAUAGUGUAGUUCUGUCAAUGUAUUUAACGUUAAUAUCUCGAGUUAUUCUUCAAAAUCAAACAGUUUUCUGGUCAGUUGUAGAAAAAGUUGCUUCAGACACACAACGAAAUAGUCAGACUAUACUUCAAAGAUUGCUAGAUACGUACGGAGAUAAGAUAGAUUCUAUAACACAACCUGAGAGAAGAAAAAUAUCAGCUUUAGCCUUGUCUUCACUGUUAUCUAUAAACCAUAGUAUUGUAGGUGAGAAGUUUAGCUGUAUAAUACAUCUAUGUGUGGAAGUUCUACAUGAUGUAUGUCAGAAAGACGACCAUGGUAAAAAUUACGAUUCACUAGUGUUUGGAGAAGAUGAUAUAAUAGAGAAUUAUCAAUACUCUAAUGAUGAUGAUUAUAGUGAUAUACCAACACAACAUGAUAUUAGAAAGAAAAACUUGAGCCGAACAGAUCCAGUUCACUCUGUGUCAUUAAAAGACUUUGUCAUGAAUCAAGUGCGACAAUGUGAACAAGUUCAAGGUCAUACAAACUUUAAUCGUAUGAUGUCUGAUGUAGAUUAUGAAAUAAUCAAACAAUUGAAGGAAUUAUGCUCGUAAC